AUGGGUGUUCUGGACCGGACGAAGAAGGGCGACCAGAACAAAGGCGGUAAGACGGUGGAGAUGGGCGAAACGGGCGCGUGGCAGGCGGGCGGAUUCGGCAUCGACCCUGACGAACUCUCGCGAAUGUCGCAUCCGGGCGACUUCGCGAAAUUGCAGUCCCUAGGAGGAAAGCUAGUUUCAGAUACCCCCUCUCGUCAUGCGAGUCACGCCGCAACAUAUCCCCCUUCAUCCAUCCCCACACUGCACCCACCCGAGCUCCGCUUCCCCUCCAACCUUCCCCUCUCCAAACAUCCCCACUUCUCCCUAACCUCCCCGGGCCGCUUGGCCGCAGGUGGAUCCGCGGAGGGGCAUCAGCGGCACGGAGGAGGACAUUGCUCGAUUCAUGAGCUAGAGGAUUCCCCCCUCUUUUCCCCCAUACCGCACCCCUCUACAAACCUCUCCACCCCUCUCCAACCCCCCGGACUGCCAUGGCAGCUAGGGGGCGUGGCGGAGCGGCUACAGGUGGACCCGCGGCGGGGCAUCAGCGGCACGGACGAGGACAUUGCGCGCCGCCAGCUGCACUUCGGAGCCAACACGUACCCCGAGAAGCCCGGCAAGACCUUCUGGUACUUGGUGUGGGAAGCCAUACAGGACAAGUUGUACUUCGUGUGGGAGGCGAUGCAGGACACAUUAGUGCAGAUCCUGUUUGUGUGUGCCAUAGCGUCCAUCGCCGUGAGCAUCCCUGCAGAGGGUUCCCUGGAGGGGCUGUACGACGGGCUGGGCAUCUUCAUCGCGCUCUUCCUCAUCAUCACCGUUGCUGCGAUAAGCAACUACCGGCAGGCACUGCAGUUCCAGAAGCUCAACCGCGAGAAGCAGAAGAUUCAGAUCGAGGUGACGCGGUCAGGGCGGCGCUGCAAGGUGUGGAUAGACGACCUGGUGGUGGGGGACAUCAUCCACCUCUCCACGGGUGACCAUGUACCAACGGACGGGGUGGUGAUGGAGGGGCAUUCGUUGGCAGUCAACGAGUCGAGCAUCACAGGGGAGUCAGAGAACAUGCACAAGGACGAAGCCAACCCUUUCAUUCUCGCUGGCUGCACCAUCAUGGAUGGAUUCGGCGAGAUGAUGGUGACGGCGGUGGGAAUGAGGACGGAGUGGGGCAAGGUGCUGGCGACCAUCACAGAGGACAGCGACGAGCCCACACCACUGCAGGUGCGGCUGACCAAGGUGGCAGAGCUGCUGGGCAUCAUGGGCAUCGCUGUGGGCGUGCUCAUCUUCCUCAUCCUCAGUAUCAGGUACCUGGUGACGGAUGCUGACUUCAGCAACUUCACUGCCGAUGACGUCAGCGUGCUGCUCAGCUACUUCACCAUCGCGAUCACAGUGCUGGUCAUUGCAGUGCCAGAAGGCCUUCCCCUUGCUGUCACUCUCACUCUGGCCUUUUCAGUGACCAAGAUGAUGGAAGAUAACUCGCUGGUGCGGCAUCUGCAGUCGUGUGAGACCAUGGGGUGUGCUACCACCAUCUGCAGUGACAAGACCGGCACGCUCACUCUCAACGAGAUGACAGUGGUGCAGGCGUGGGUUGCGGGCGACUUUCAUAAGCCCCACACCGUCCGCACUGGCGUCUCCACACCCGUCGCUCAGCUUCUCUACCAGGCCAUUGCAGUCAACACCAGUGGAUCCGUCGAUGAGCCGCCGGUACCCUCCCUCCUCUUCACCUCGCGCUCCUCCUCGCCUUUCCCUCCUCCUCGCCUUUCCCUCCUCCUCGCCUUUCCCUCCUCCUCGCCUUUCCCUCCUCCUCGCCUUUCCCUCCUCCUCGCCUUUCCCUCCUCCUCGCCUUUCCCUCCUCCUCGCCUUUCCCUCCUCCUCGCCUUUCCCUCCUCCUCGCCUUUCCCUCCUCCUCGCCUUUCCCUCCUCCUCGCCUUUCCCUCCUCCUCGCCUUUCCCUCCUCCUCGCCUUUCCCUCCUCCUCGCCUUUCCCUCCUCCUCGCCUCGCUCUCUUUCUCAUAUUUCUCCACCUCGCCCCUUUCUCCUCAAUCUCUCCCAUCCAUCCAUCCCAUCUUGCCAUGCUGCUAUUCUUGCUGCUCUGCCCACAUCGUCUCUCACAGCCCCACUCCUGCCUCACCUCAACCCUUCACCCCUCAUUGAGCAGGGCAUGCCACCUGUCAUCAGCGGCAGCCCCACAGAAAAGGCCAUCCUUGCCUGGGGAGUCUCGUUCGGCAUGCGCUUCCACGAGACCAAGGAGCAGUGCGAGGUGGUGGCGGUGCAGCCCUUCAGCUCCACGCGCAAGCGCAUGGGCGUGCUCAUCCGCACCUCCUCCUCCCCCUCCACCGACUCUCUCACCGCUUCCCCCACCACCGCCACCACCGGCAGCACCAGCAGCACAGGAACCGCGGGAAGCACCACUCCUGGGAGCCUGCGCGUGCACUGGAAGGGCGCAGCAGAGGUGGUGCUGCAGCACUGCGGGCACUACGUGAACUCCCUCGGCAGCAUCGUGCCUCUCACCGAACCCAAGCGCAUGGAGCUAGAGAGAGCUCUUGGAGACAUGGGAAAAGAGGCUCUGCGCACGCUGGGGUUUGCGUUUCGGGACUUUGACAAACGGACAGGGGUGGAGGGGAUGCCGAAGAGAGAGGACGGCAGCGUGGGGGUACCAGAGGACGAUCUAGUUUAUGUGGGGUUUGUUGGGAUUAAGGACCCGUGUAGGGUUGAGGUGCCGGAUUCGGUGCAGCACUGCCAGAACGCGGGGAUUGUGGUGCGCAUGGUGACGGGGGAUAGUGUGGAGACGGCCACGGCGAUUGCCACCGAGUGCGGGAUCCUCACGGCGGGCGGCACUGUCAUGGACGGCACGCAGUUCCGCGCCAUCCAUGAGAACGACCUCCCCGCAACUGUUGACCGCCUGCAGGUGCUUGCACGUGCGUCCCCCACGGACAAGCUACAGCUGGUGCGCGCACUCAAGGAGAUGGGACAUGUGGUGGCCGUGACAGGUGAUGGCACCAACGACGCCCCUGCUCUGCAUGAGGCGGACAUAGGCCUGGCCAUGGGGCAGUGCGGCACAGAAGUGGCAAAGGAAAGCGCGGACAUCAUCAUCCUGGACGACAACUUUGCAUCCAUCGUGCGUACCGUCAUGUGGGGGCGCUCCGUGUUCGCCAACAUUCAGCGCUUCCUGCAGUUCCAGAUCACCGUCAACUGCGUGGCACUGACGCUCAACUUCAUCUCUGCGGUCGUUACAGGGGAUGCGCCUCUCACUGCCGUGCAGAUGCUCUGGGUGGACUUGAUUCAGGACACGCUAGGAGCGCUCGCGCUGGCCACGGAACCGCCCUCCGACAAGCUUCUGGAGCAGCCGCCAGUGGGGCGCAGCCAGGAGCUGGUGUCCGCUGCCAUGUGGCGCAACAUCAUUGGGCAGACGGUGUACCAGCUGUCGCUGCUGUGCGUGCUGUGGUUCAAAGGCAUGGACCUGCUGCAGCUGCCCGGGCCCCCGGGCGUGCCGCGGGUGAUUGCUAAAGGGGGAGAGGAGAUCUCGGAAGGGGAGAAGCAGCUCGUUACCAUCAUAUUCUCCUCAUUCGUCUUCAUGCAGAUAUUCAACCAGCUGAACUCGCGCAAGCUGGAGGAGUGGAACGUGUUUGAGGGGCUGCUCGUCAACCGCCUCUUCAUCCUCAUCGUCUCCAUUGAGCUCUCCGUGCAGGUGCUGCUGGUGGAGCUGCUGGGCAAGUUCGCGGGCUGUGUGCGCCUGACGCUGCUGCAGUGGGCGCUCUGCUUCGCCCUGGGGGCUGGAUGCGUGCCCUUUGGCAUGCUCUCCAAGCUCAUCCCCCUGCCAGGUAUGCUUCACACUGGCGACUGGGAUGCUGUGGCCGCCAUUGCUGCUGCCCACCCUUGCGUCAUCCCAUCCUUCGGCCUGCACCCAUGGUACGUGCACUGUCGGUCGGCCCAGUGGCUGCAGCAUCUGGAGGAGCGCCUCUCAGCGCAUCCCCACGCGGCCAUGGGCGAGGCAGGCUUGCAUCGUAGCAGGAAGGCCAGCAGCGGUAGCAGCGGCAGCAGGGGGGCAGCGAUGGAGGAGCAGGUGGAGGUGAUGUGCGCGCAGCUGCAGCUGGCUCGCCGCUUGCACCGCCCCAUCGCCCUGCACUGCGUUCAGGCGUACGGGAACAUGCUCACAGCCCUGCAGCAGGUACGGCACUGCAGCAAGAGUGGCACUGCAGCAAGAGUGGCGCUGCAGCAAGAGUGGCGCUGCAGCAAGAGUGGCGCUGCAGCAAGAGUGGCGCUGCAGCAAGAGUGGCGCUGCAGCAAGAGUGGCGCUGCAGCAAGAGUGGCACUGCAGCAAGAGUGGCGCUGCAGCAAGAGUGGCACUGCAGCAAGAGUGGCACUGCAGCAAGAGUGGCGCUGCAGCAAGAGUGGUGCUGCAGCAAGAGUGGUGCUGCAGCAAGAGUGGCGCUGCAGCACGUGUGGCGUUAUUGAAACACUGUGCCCCAUCGCCCUGCACUUCGUUCAGGCAUAUGGUUACUUGCGUGAGGCCCUGCAGCAGCACGGCCCAUUCCCAGCAGGAGUCAUUCUGCAUUCAUUCAACGGCCCUUCAGAAAUGAUUUCAGCGCUCGUCUCUCUCAACACCUUCUUCUCCUUCUCCCGCCUCUCCGCCUCCUCGCCCCCCCACAAGCUCUCACACCUGCUGCACCAGGUGUGUGAGAUGGUGGCGAGCAGCAUGGGCAGAUCGAAGGAUGAGGUAGCAGAAGCAGCAUUCGCCAAUGCUGUUCGACUCUUCUCCUACCCUGGCUCACGUGCUACUGUGGAUAGAUUGGAUUAA